AUGUUGGACAAAUGUGAUGGUCCUUUGACCCCAGGUGCCACUAUUACCUUGGACCAAAUCAAGAAAGAUGCAUCCCAGUUAAAUGUUGUGUAUGCUGGCCAGAACAAGUAUGAAGUCAGUGGUGAGGGUCAUAAUCAGUGUGUAGUGGACAUGAACACAAAGUCAUGCACUUGCAGGAAGUGGGAACUUACAGGCAUGCCAUGCAAGCAUGCAGUGGCUGUAAAUUGGGAUAUGGUUAGGUAUGGUAUGGAAGUUGAUAUUCCGGAAGCAUGGGUGGAUGAGGUUUAUUGGUUAGAUAACUGGAAAAAGGUCUACCAGUUUACCAUUGAUCCAAUCAAUGGUAGGGAAAUGUGGGAACCAACAAACUGCCCUACUACAUUAUUACCACCAAAACACCAUAACCAAGUGGGCAGACCUAAAAAGGCUAGGAAGAAGAGUGCUGAGGAAAUUUAUGAGAAGAAACAGAAGACUGCUGAGGUGAUUUCACAGAGCAUUGAAAAACAGGGGAAGCUUACUAGGAAAGGUGGGUCUGUCACUUGUAAGGUUUGCAAACAGAAGGGGCACAACAUGAGAGGAUGCAAGGAGAAGGGAGGUUUGAAGUUUGCUGGGUUUGAAGAUUCUGCAUCACAAGUUUAA